UUAUACGCAAUCCACGGCCGCUUCCAACUUAUCAUAAAAUUAUAAGACUGUCAGUUUUGGUGUAACACCUGUUCACAGAUACUCCCAGCUUCAGUAACCCACUUCCGACAUCUACCCCUACCGCACAUACGUACUGCCACAGACACGUGCCCGUCAUGGCAGUAAAGAAGGUCCUCAUCGUCAUGUCUGAUGCACACUCCUUUCCCCUGUACAAUACUGGAAGCGAUGGUAAAACCGUAAGCCAGGAAUCGGGCUACUUCCUCAUGGAGCUCGCGAAACCUUUGCAGAAGAUUCUCGAUGCUGGACACGAAGUCACAUUUGCCUCGCCUGAAGGCAAAGAACCUCAGCCAGACCCACUCAGUACAUCUCUUGCCGCAUAUGCAGGCAACUUCUACGCGCGCCAGCAGGACCAAGAGCUUGUUGAGCGCAUGAAGCGCGACAAUGGAUUUUCACAACCUCGCAAGUUCUCAGACAUCAGCGACGAGGAGUUGAAAAGCUAUGCUGGUGUCUUCAUUCCCGGAGGCCACGCACCUUUAUCUGACCUCGGCGACAACCCCGAACUCGGCCGCAUCCUAUCCCAUUUCCACCAACAGCAGAAGCCUACAGCGGCACUUUGUCACGGCCCGUGGGCAUUCCUGUCAACCAAAGUUGGGCCGCAAAAGGAGUUUGCUUACAAGGGAUACAAGCUCACUGCGUGGUCGGAUGUCGAAGAGAAGUUUAUGGAAACGAUUCUACGAGGAGAGAUCGCCAAGGUGGAGAGUACACUGAGAGAGAAUGGUGCGGAUAUGCAGGAGGGUGUUGCAAAGAGCCUGGGUAGCAUAACUGUUGACCGUGAAGUCAUCACUGGCGACAACCCGAUGUCUGCGAAUGCGAUCGGCGACAAAUUCCUCGAGAUGAUGGCUGCGAAAUAGGUGCGAGUCGAGAAUCUUGAAAUACCUAGCGUCAAUGAAUAAGAAGUGGUGGUUUGAAAGAAUAGAUUCAGUCAACUUGCUGACAGUGCUCACAGUUAGAAGGAUAAAGCUCAAAGUAGCAUGCUGUGCAGCUACAGCGACUUAG